AUGUCUGGGCAGUGUACUGGUUCCGACGUGGGGAUGGGAGCGGCUUCCCCUCCGGCCGCUGGUAGAGUCUCAGUAAGGUAUCUAUGCUGUUUGUUCUGUUGCCCGCCCUUUCCUUCCUCGAUUGUCUCGAAGUUGGCUUUCAUGCCACCUGAAUCCAGCUACACAAUCACGGAGAACAAUAGGUUACAUUUGCUGGAAGGUCGUGCGGAAUGGCCUCAUGAUCCCGAUCAUCUUGUUACCAAUGUCGAGAUGUUUGUGGCGAGAACUAGAAGAAGAAACAAAAUUUCAUGCGUUUAUGUGCGUCCUGUACCAAAUGCUUACUUUACACUACUGUUUUCACACGGAAACGCUGUAGACAUCGGUCAAAUGACAUCAUUUUACUGGGGCCUUGGCCAUCGCCUUGGUUGUAAUGUGUUUAGCUACGAUUAUUCCGGUAAAUCUCUUUCUAUCCUUUCUCAUUGCAUUUAUUUGGAUUUGGGCAGAUGUGCAGGGUACGGGUGUUCAACAGGAAGGCCGUCGGAGAAGAAUCUUUAUGCCGAUAUAACAGCAGCAUUCGAAACACUGAAAACAAAAUUC